GGUGUGAGCCUCGUGGUGGUCCUGAGCUCCGGCUCCCUCCUCCUUCCUCUGCUGGCUGCCGUCCUGUUAGCUGCAGGCUGGCUUCUAAUGGACUCGUACUAUGUUCAGUACGUAGAGCGGUGUCUCAGGGAGGACCUGUGGGAUGUACAGAAAACCUACAUAGAGAGGGAAGAGUCCCAUUUCUGGGUGGCUGAGUCUGAAGGGGAAGUGGUGGCCCUUGUAUCUGCCAAGCCCGCGUCCCAUUAUAUCAGGGACGGUGAGCGCAUGCUGGAACUGGCACGGCUGUCGGUCAGAUAGAGCCAUCGGAACAGGGGCAUUGCCAGAGCGCUGUCCGGGACAGUCCUUAGCUUUGCCCAGCAGUGUGGCUACAAGGCGGUGAUCCAUGAUGAAUCUGGAGGGCCAGAGGCUACCACGGCCACCCCCGGCGGCAGCAUUACCAACUGUGGCGGACCCAGUACCCUCCUCAACGGAGCCCGGGGCAGCAGUUUUACAGAGACAGAUCCCACCAGCAAAGAUUGA